AUGCUAAGCGAAGAUCUUAUCAGAGCUUGGGUAGCCCAGCAGUGUCAUUGUAAGACUCAACGAUCUUUCGGCAGUUUCCUUGAUCGUUCGGCAAAAGUGAAGCGCCAUAAGAAAGUGGCUGAAAUAUUUGGUGACAGAAUUUCGGCAUCGCUCACUCAUCCAGAGCAAGCGCCUCGCGGGCUGGCAACGCCGUCACUCAACGCCCGCAUCGGCUGUAAAGCACUAUCGACACAAUUCGUCUAUCUUUGCAUUCGACUGCUCAUCGGCAAAACUGUUGAAGUUCUGCUUCGCUCAGGCCGCCGUGCGGCUUUGUACUGGGAGCCCCGCGAGUGGAGACCAAGCUCCUUUGCACUAUUACGAGGAAAUUCGGCUCGUCACCUCGGCACCACCGUUUCAACAACGACCCGCCGGGUUGCGGCUUUCGUAUCCGCUGAAGCGUCGUCAGUGUCUCUGAACCAACGAUCGGCAUAUUCGGCCAAGUGUGUUUCCGUCAUCGUCGGGACCCGUCGAGAGCCUGGUUCCAAAUCGGGUGCGAUCUCCGAAAAUCGUUGUAUCAGUUCGGCUUAUCAAAGCAGGCGAUGGACAAAACCGCAGACUAGAAGAGAGCUCUGGUUUCUUUGCAAAAUGUUGCCAAACUCAAGAGGACGAAAUUAUCGGCUGAAAGCGCCGGUCGCCGUGUCAAGCCGGCGAUGGCGGAGUCAUUCAUCUUCGCGUGCGAAACCCGGCGAGUUGACGCUGAACCAUGGAGAGAAAGACGUGGUCGACCUGGUUCUGAACCGAAACCGGAAACAGAGAGCCCGCCCGGAAGUGCCCAUGCAUGCGAAGGAACAGCGUUCUGAAACGUAUUUCUGUGAAACGACAACAGCCAAUGUGGAUUGGUUGGUCGAAGUGAAGACAAAUGGAAAAAGCGAAUGUUGUCGGGCCAUUUCGGCGAAAUCUGUGAUGAAGGCG